CUAACCUUUACCUAUGUCUGGCCCUCAUCCUCCCUCAGCAUCUUGUUACUGGUCGCCGAUAUUUAGCUAUUUAUGCCCCGCCCCUCGUUACCUAUUCUAUCCCGCUUAUAACCUACAACCACGGCAUUAUUGCCCUCCUCUCUAAUUCAUUCCUGCUUUAGUCUUAGCUUUGUACCUUGUCCGUCACCUUAAAGUCACCUAUCAUAACCCCGCCCUAAUUAACCCACAAGCCCUUGUAAUACCCCCACUUUUGCUUCUUAUCGUUAACAUUGCUUUGUGCGGUAAAAUCUCAGUGUGGUUGCAGAGUAAUUUCCUUACUACAGGGACAUGCUGGGCAGGAGGCCUUUCUAGGAAAGCCAGUGAGGAACAUGAGUUUGGUGUUCUCCCAAUAUGAUAUAGCAUUGGAAGACUAGGCAACAACGGAUGCAGUGGUCAACGUAGGGAACGUUGGUCUUGUUGACCUUCCAGCUGCCGAAUUUGUUGCUUUUCUUCUUCUGCCUAAUCUGUUAUGUUUCUUGAGGAAGCCAGGAAAAUGUUCACCAUCCCUGCACCCCUGAGUGACCCUGUAUUGCUAUCAGGCUUCAUGGUACCCAUAAGUACAGGAGUGUUGUGGGCCCUAUACAAGUAUUGUUCUUGGACUGAUUUUCUGGCUUGGACCCUUGACAAGUACCAUUCUUGGACCAUACAUAGGAGUAGUGUAGAUAUGAACAUAUUACGGGACCUCCACAAAUCUGUGCUAUUCAAUUCUGUGCAUGGAAAACCAGAAAGCGUGAUGCUUGUCUAUAAGGCACAUGCUCCGCUCCGUUCUCACAUGUGCAGCCUUUUGUUUUAUCCUGAUCAAGAUCUUUUUCUAGCUGAAGUGGUGACACAGAUACGGCCCCAGACCUCUCUAACACUGGGCACACAGUUUGGUUAUUCUGCUAUUCGUCUCUUAUCCCUUCUGCCUUCCAGUAGCAAAUUAUAUGCAGUGGAGCAAGACAAGAAUGUAGCAGAAUUGGUUGAAGAGCUGAUCCUAAUGUCUGGUUUCAAACACACUCAGUUUCAUUUAUUGACUCGGCAUCCUACUGACGCAAUUCUGGCCUUGAUUAAUGAUUUUGGUUUCAUGAAGAUAGAUUUAAUCCUGAUGGAUCAUCAGCCCUUCCACUACCUUGAGAAUUUGCGAAUUAUGGAAGAGACAGGAGUUUUGCACUCUGGGACAAUAAUCCUUGCCAACCAUAUAAAUGAUGCAACAGCCAAAAAGUUUAUGAAGCAUAUUGAGAGUGAUAAGCAUUACAGAAUUAUUAGCACCUUCAAAGAUCUACUAAAAAUUGAAUUUGUAGGUCCAUGUUUGUCAUAGUUAUGCUUAGAAUUAAUAUAAAGGAAAUCUGCUAAAAUAGUAGAUUGUGGGCUUUAAAUAAAGAGUUUUCGUUUAAUACA